GUGUGUGUAUGUGUGUGUGUGUGUGUGUGUGUGUGUGUGUGUGUGUGUGUGUGUGUGUGUGUGCGGAGAUGAGGGAGACUGAGAUGUGCUUCUUGCUUAUCACGAAUCACAUCGAGCUUUUCACCAGCUCAGGGGGGGGAAUGCUGAACAGGGCAAUUUGACGCCCGGAUCAGCUCUCACAACUGCUGCUUUUUUAUUUCCAAAAAAAACAAAAGGAAAAGAGGGAGGGGGAAAAAAAAGGAGCUUUUAUCUUCAUUUGUGUCCAUCUCAUCGAUAUAAUUUUGUGUUUUGUUGGUUCAUUUGCAGGACACUAUGAGAGCCAGUGCAUUUCGGCUGCAUUUCUGCUGCUGGCCGGGACUAUGAUUUAUGAUUUAUCGGUGCUCGCAGCCUUGUUCUCAUGCACUCAUUCAGCCUCAUCAGAACAGCAGAGAGCGGUGAUCCGUCUUUAACUUUCGUGCAUCUUCGACGGUUCCGGCUGCAGCAGGUACUUUUUUGCACUUGAGCGGCUCCCCUGCUGUGCGUCGGUGUCGAAGCAGCCAUGUGGAGCAGAGAGAGCGCUCCUCUGCUCCUCGUCUGCCUGCUGGCGCUCACAGCUCUCCGGAAAACCAGGUCAGUGAACGCCGAUACCACAUCUGAUGCCUUUAAAACCAACAUCACCCUGUUCACGCGUAUCCUGGACAGCCUGCUGGAUGGAUACGAUAACCGUCUACGGGCCGGCCUUGGUGACAGGAUUACUGAGGUGAAGACAGACAUCUACGUCACCAGCUUUGGACCAGUUUCAGACACAGACAUGGAGUACACCAUAGACGUUUUCUUCCGGCAGAGCUGGAAGGAUGAGAGGUUGAAAUUUAACGGCCCGAUGAAUAUUCUGCCCCUCAACAACCUGAUGGCCAGUAAAAUCUGGACUCCGGACACCUUCUUCCACAAUGGGAAGAAGUCCGUGGCUCACAACAUGACCAUGCCGAAUAAGCUGCUGAGGAUCAAAGAUGACGGGACUCUGCUGUACACCAUGAGGUUAACUGUGCAUGCAGAGUGCCCAAUGCAUCUGGAGGAUUUCCCCAUGGACUUUCAUUCCUGUCCACUAAAAUUUGGCAGCUAUGCGUACACAAUCUCAGAAGUGACUUAUGCCUGGACUGUAAAUGCCUCCGACUCUGUGGUGGUGGAAGGAGAAAGCUCCCGCUUGAACCAGUACGACCUGCUGGGACAAACGGUCGGACAAGAAACCAUCAAGUCCAGUACAGGUGAAUACACGGUGAUGACGGCUCACUUCCACCUGAAGAGGAAGAUUGGCUACUUUGUCAUCCAGACGUACCUCCCGUGCAUCAUGACAGUCAUUCUCUCCCAAGUGUCUUUCUGGUUGAACAGAGAAUCAGUGCCGGCUAGGACCGUGUUCGGUGUAACUACCGUCCUCACCAUGACGACACUGAGUAUAAGUGCCAGGAACUCCCUUCCCAAGGUCGCCUACGCCACCGCCAUGGACUGGUUCAUCGCCGUCUGCUACGCCUUCGUCUUCUCCGCCCUCAUCGAGUUCGCCACCGUCAACUACUUCACGAAGCGCGGCUGGGCCUGGGACGGGAAGAGCAUCGUGACUGAAAAGAAAAAAGAGAGGGCGUCCGUCAUGAAGAAGAACAACGCCUACGCCGUAGCGGUGGCCAACUACGCGCCAAACAUCACCAAGGACUCCGGCACACUUCCAACCAUCGCCAAAGGGGGCGCUUCAGAUCCUAACAAGCCCAGAGCAGACGGCAAAGUCCCCGACAGCAAGAAGACGUUCAACAGCGUGAGCAAAAUUGACAGGAUGUCAAGGGUUUUGUUUCCGGUUCUCUUUAGCAGCUUCAACCUGGUUUACUGGGCCACCUACUUAAACAGAGAACCCAUUAUAAAGGACAUGGUCCCCUCUAAUUAGAGACCAGCGUUGGCGGGUUCUGGUCUGGGGACUAAGACACGAACCAAAUACCUCCAGCAACUGUGUACACAUACCUUUGCAGAGUGAAGUUCUGGAUUGCAGUGUGAUCCUCUGUCUCCUGCCUGUUUUCUACACCGUCUGCAGCACUUUUGAAAAGGCUGGUUUUUGUAAAUGUGUAUGUACAUUUAUAUUCAUGGUGACAUAUCAUGUGAUUACUUUGAUUAGAGUGCAUAUUUCCUUGACAGUAUGUUUCCACUUACAGUACGUGGCCACUGUACAUACAAAUCAAACAAAGAGUAAACACAUAAACAUAAACACGGACGUUUUAUUUAAGAUUACUUCUUGUUGUGUUGAAUUGUUCUGGUAAUGCCCACUCUUGAUAUUACAGUAUUUAUUUUUCUUUGGCGUGAAAGGGACUGAUUUUCUCAUAUUUCUUACUUUCUCUGCCACAGAGUGACGUUUGUUUUCUGUCUGAGCCGAUACGUAUGAUGUUGUUCCAGUGUAAACGUUGUUUUCUUGUCUGUGACUGCAGGUAUGGGGCUGCAAUCACACUGACCUCGAGAAUUAUUCAAACACUCCAAGCCC